AUGUCCAACACAAAAGCUAAAAAGGACCCCGUUCUCUCUCUUCUAUCAGGCACGGUCGCUGGUGGUGUAGAAGGCAUCGCUACUUAUCCCACCGAAUACGUGAAAACUCGACUUCAAUUGCAAGCUGGUGGCAAACUACAGGCAGGCGAGAUCAAAUUCAAAGGACCCAUUGAUUGCCUUGUCAAAACCGUUCGAACGCAUGGAUUCGGUGCCAUCUACACGGGUGUAUCUGCAUUGGCGAUUGGCAAUGCAGCCAAAGCAGGCGUACGUUUCUUGACAUACGAUCAAAUCGCCAACGCCCUGAGAGACAAGGACGGUAAAUUAUCUGGCGUCAGAAGCAUGUUGGCAGGAUUAGGUGCGGGUAUGACAGAGGCAGCGCUGGUGGUCACCCCUUCCGAGACCAUCAAGACCAAAUUGAUUCAUGAUAGAAACAGUGCUGCACCUCGCUAUAAGGGUCUUGUGCAUGGCACCAAGCUCAUUGUGGCGGAAGAAGGAUUGGGUGGUAUAUACCGUGGUGUAGGGCCUGUGAUGGCAAGACAAGGUGCCAACAGUGCUGUUCGAUUCACCUCGUAUUCUUACUUCAAGACAGCGCUACAGCAAUGGCGAGGACAAGGUGAUGAAGCGUUACCUACUGCACAUACAUUUGCUGCUGGUGCCAUGGCAGGUAUUGUCACAGUGUAUACGACCAUGCCGCUGGAUGUCGUCAAAACUCGUAUGCAAGGUUUAGAUGCCAGAACACUCUACAAGAACUCGUUUGAUUGCCUGGUGCAAGUUGUCAAGCAAAAUGGCAUCCUUUCGCUAUGGAAGGGAACCACACCUCGACUGACUCGAUUGAUCUUUUCAGGCGGUAUUGUGUUUACAGUGUACGAAAAAGUAUAUCAUGGGUUAGAAUUGCUUAAAUAA